AUGACUCUUCUUCACUUGUCUCUCUCCCUCUUCUCAUGUCUCUUCCUUGUCCUAUCUCCGACCUUCACUUCCUCCACUCCGGUCUCCGACCCUGAACUCGUAGUUCAAGAAGUAAACGAGAAGAUUAAUGCGUCUAGGAGGAAUCUUGGCGUGCUCUCAUGUGGGACAGGAAAUCCAAUAGACGACUGUUGGAGAUGCGACCCGAAAUGGGAGAAAAACAGACAACGACUAGCUGAUUGCGGGAUUGGCUUUGGCAAACACGCAAUCGGUGGUCGUGACGGCAAGAUCUACGUUGUGACCGACUCGAGCGACAAAGACGCUGUAAACCCUAAACCUGGAACCCUAAGACACGCGGUGAUCCAAGACGAGCCGCUAUGGAUCAUCUUCGCACGUGACAUGGUCAUAAAUCUGAAAGAAGAGCUGAUCAUGAACUCGUUCAAGACCAUAGACGGCCGUGGAGCGAGCGUACACAUCGCCGGCGGCGCGUGCAUCACCGUCCAGUACGUGACCAACAUCAUCAUCCACGGGGUCAACAUUCACGACUGCAAGAGGAGAGGUAAUGCUUACGUGAGAGACUCUCCGUCGCAUUACGGGUGGAGGACGGCGUCUGACGGUGACGCCGUCUCGAUAUUUGGCGGCUCUCACGUGUGGGUUGACCACUGCUCGUUGUCUAACUGCGCGGACGGUUUGAUCGACGCGAUUCAUGGAUCAACGGCCAUUACCAUCUCUAAUAACUACUUGACGCACCAUAAUAAAGUGAUGCUUUUGGGACAUAGUGACUCGUAUACGAGAGACAAGAACAUGCAAGUCACCAUUGCCUUUAAUCAUUUUGGUGAAGGUCUUGUUCAGAGAAUGCCAAGAUGUAGACAUGGAUAUUUUCAUGUGGUGAAUAAUGAUUAUACACAUUGGCACAUGUAUGCAAUUGGUGGAAGUGCUGCUCCAACUAUUAAUAGUCAAGGCAAUAGGUUUCUUGCUCCUAACGACAAAGUCUUCAAAGAGGUGACUAAAUACGAAGAUGCACCACAAAGCAAAUGGAAGAACUGGAAUUGGAGAUCAGAAGGUGAUUUGUUCCUAAACGGUGCGUUUUUCACGCCUUCGGGUGGACGAUCCUCUUCGAGCUAUGCCAAGGCUUCGAGUCUAUCGGCUAGACCGUCCUCACUGGUGGCGUCAGUCACAGGCAAUGCUGGUACACUUUCUUGUAUAAAAGGAUCUCGAUGCUAA